AUGUCGCGUUGCACGUGGGGAAGUGGGGUGCGGAUUUGGGGCUCGGUGAGCGGGAGGUCCCGGAGGUUGGGGCUCCUUUGGAGCUGGUGCUCGCGGGGAGCGCCCUGCCUUGUGCGCUCUUGGAGCUGCCUGGGCGCAGGGAACAGAAGCCGCGCGGAGAAGACCCCGUGGCGAUGGGGCGCAGCCCGCGGGGUGCAAAGCUCGUUCCCGCUGGAUGCCCGUGUGCCCCAGGACGUCCUGCUCUUCCAGCAUGACCGCGUCCGCUUUUUCCGCCUUCUCGGCCUUUUUUGUGCCGCCCAGGUCCUGUUCUGGACCUAUUUGGCACACUUCGCUUUCCAUUCCCUGCGCGUCACCGGCUCCAAGCGGCCGGAUUCGGAUUCGCAGCAGGGGGAGCAGCCUUUGCCGACCCUGCCGGGCGGAGCCACACUCAACCUCGGCUCUAACAAGUGGCGCUAUGGUUUCACCGCCUCUUGCCUGACCGUGGGUUCUCUGAUCUUGGUGGGAGGCUUCGCUUUUUCUCGUCGCUCCAUAAGCCGAGUCAUACUGCACCGUGGCGGGCAGGAAGUGUCUCUCACCACCUAUUAUCUCUUUGGGCUGACCUCCUCCUUCACCGUACCCCUGCGCCAUAUCUCCUGCAUGUCCCAUCGUUCCGAGGUGCCGGCCAUGAUCCCCCUCAAGGUCAAGGGGAGGCCCUUCUAUUUCCUCUUGGACAAGCAAGGAAGGAUCACCAAUGCCAAGCUUUUUGAUAUCACGGUGGGCGCCUAUCGAAAACUGUGAGGCCAAAAUGUACAGUUACAGAAGAAGAGGGGGCAAGAGAGCCCUUCCUUCUGCACUGGGCUGCCGCAGAGAUGAAGAACGACGGAUGAGUUACAGUCCGUCCCUGAUUUAUGUAUUAAGUCCAUUCUGUGGGGGGACUGGGGGAUCUCCCGGCAGUGUCUUCAGAGCAGCUGUUCAAUCGUUCCUCCAUCCCGAACAAACAGACAUAGAUUUAUGGGGAGUCUGGGACCUGAGCUAGUCAGGAAUCGUUGAAAUUGUACUCUGGUUGACCACUUUGCAAACUAAAAAUGCAGAAAACGCUUAUAGAUUUGUUAGUUUCUUUCCCACACAAGAGUCUGUCUGUCUCUCUCUCUCUCUCUCAGACAUAUCUUUCUGCCCUUUGGGAUCAUGUGUGUUUAGGCCCUGCUGGCAGAAAUCUUAUGACGACUGCACAAUUAAUUUGAGGGGGAAACAGACCCCUUUUCCAGGCGAUUCAAGAGCCCAAUUUUUCUCACAUUUGGGUUGCCCUACUUAUUUCUCAAAGUAUUCCUGUGCCUUAACACCAUGGGGUAGAAGCUCACUGUAUUUCCAUACAGGAAAUGUUUUUAUCUGUGGGUUUUCUACAGCUGCUUAAAAGCACAGGAGCCUGGGAGGAGGAAAUAGUGGCCACUUAAGUUCCUCUGCUCUUUCUGUGCUGCCCCUUUGGCUUUCAGGCCUCUCAGAAGCCUCCGUAGAUUCCCUUGUAACUGCUGUUGCCAUGGAAAUUUCCACUCGGGACAGGAGAACGGGGAGAUAGGGAGAUCUUUGCGAUGGGGCUUGGGGGAAGGAGGCCCGAAAGAGAGCCGGAGGGGGGAGCCAUGGUAAGUUGGUACUGUGCUGCUCACCAAUUUUGGGAGGGGAGAGCUGGGGAGACCAUGGCAGCCACCCCUUGUGAUAAUUUCUAACUGGCACUCGGAUUCGAUCCUUCUAGGAAUCCCCGUUUUCUGUCUUUUCAGUCCUCUUCUCCCCCAGCCCCAAUCCCAGAAGAACAGCACUCUGUAUAUGUUCAGAGGACAGUCACUUUUCUCUGCCCCCCAUCACUUAGUCAAACAGCUUGUCUUAUGAAUAGGGUUGCCAGCGUCCAGGUGACAGAGAUCAGUUCCUUUGGAGGAAAUGGCAGUUACGGAGGGGGGCCUCUGGGGAAUUAUACCCUGGUGGGGUCCCUCUCCUCCACAAACCCCACCUUCCCCAGGUUCCAUCCCUAAAUCUCCAGGAAUUUCCCAAUCUUGAGUUGGCAACUCUGUUUAUGAAAUACAUGGGUAGAAUACACGCUUAGUCUUUAUUUGUACAGAGACACACCUUACCUUGCAACCAAGCAAUCCUCCAGGCAACCUAACAGCAGUCAGUGACGUACAAGGCACCCCGCCAAGCCCCAACGAGCCGUGACCUGGUGACCAGUAGCAAAGCCCAGGUUACUCUUGCUUCAGGAUCCUGCCAUGCACACAGAAGGUUCAAUCUCCAGGAGAAAAGGAUGUCAGAUAGUAGCAGGUGUUAGGAAAGACUUUCUCUGUCCCCAAGAUGCUGGAGAGCGGUUGCCAGUGAGAAAUACAGAACUAGACGGACCAAACGUCUGACUCGGUUUAAGGCCGCUUCACACGUUCUGUGGUUAGAGUGUUUGGUUAGAAGAGGGAUCCCCCAACCUUUUUGAGCGCAUGGGCACUUUUCGAAUUUUGACACAGUGUGGUGGGCGCAACC